AUGUCGGUUCUUUCAUCUCGGACAGGACGAGAUCGUCAACGUUACGACAACAACUUCCGUCUCGUUUCUGGAUGCAUUCCGUAUCGUCUGAUCAAAGACAAGGAACUUGAAGUUCUUAUGGUUUCGUCUCCUGAUCGUCAUGAUCUUGUCUUCCCAAAGGGAGGAUGGGAAAAUGAUGAGACCGUUCUUGAAGCUGCUUCUCGCGAAGCCAUGGAAGAAGCUGGAGUUAAAGGAAUACUUAGAGAAGUUCCUUUAGGAGUUUGGGAAUUUAGAAGCAAAAGUAGUAUUAGUACCAAUGCGGAGGAUGAAUCUUUUGGUGGAUGCAAAGGCUACAUGUUUGCAUUAAAGGUAACCGAAGAACUCCGGGAAUGGCCAGAACGUAAGAAUCGCCAGAGAAAAUGGUUGAAUGUUAAAGAAGCAAUGGAGCUGUGUCGGUAUGAGUGGAUGCAGAGUGCACUUGAAGCGUUUGUGAGAGUGAUAUCCGUCAGCCACUUGCUUCAUCUUCCUAAGUAA